AUGUUGAGAUUCAUUGAAAUUUCAGCCCUGUUAUUCUGCGGGAGUGCCUUGGUGGCUGGAUUUGAUGCCGACAGCCAUCAAAAACCACUUGUAUCUCGGACCUGUCUCCCGGCGGUGGAACAUGCUGCGAACAACAAUGCCGUCAACAGCUUUCCGGAUUGCAGCCGAGACCCUCUUUGCUCGAACGAUGUAUGCGACGAGACCCUCUCUCCAAAAGAGCGCGCCGCAGCGCUGGUAGCCGAGCUCACGAUCUGGGAGAAGCUGGAUAACCUUGUAAACGAGGCGCCUGGCGUUCCGCGACUCGCCAUUCCGCCGUAUGAGUGGUGGUCUGAGGGCCUUCACGGAGUCGCGUCGUCCCCGGGUACCAAGUUUGCCAAGAGCGGCAACUUCAGCUACGCAACUUCGUUCCCGCAACCGAUUGUCUUGGGCUCGGCUUUCGAUGACGACUUAGUCAAAGCUAUCGGGGAAGUGGUCAGCAAGGAGGCGAGGGCGUUCAGCAACCGCGGCAGGUCCGGCCUCGAUCUCUACGUAAGCUCGAUCUCUCGCCACAUUGAACCUGAAGUGCGGGAUGAUAUGCUAACUGAGCCCGAGUCCCCGAACAUCAAUGCGUUCAAGGAUCCUCGUUGGGGUCGUGGUCAGGAGACUCCCGGCGAGGACCCCUUCCACCUACAGAACUACGUCGCAGCUAUGCUCACAGGACUCGAAGGAGGCGAUCCUUCCAAAAAGCUAAUAGCAACAUGCAAGCACUACGCAGCUAAUGACUUUGAAAAUUACAAAGGUGUCGACCGUGCCGGCUUCGACGCAAACAUCACCACCCAGGACUUAUCUGAGUACUAUCUUCCGCCCUUCAAAACCUGUGCAGUUGACAAGAAGGUCGGGUCGUUCAUGUGUAGCUACAACGCCAUCAACGGAGAACCCCUCUGCGCAAACCCUUACCUUCUGGAGGAUAUCCUUCGUCAGCAUUGGGGCUGGAACGGGGAUGGGCAAUAUGUGUCAACGGACUGCGAUUGUGUCGCUCUGAUGGUGUCGCAUCAUCAUUAUGCUCCGGACCUUGGACACGCGGCGGCCUGGGCGAUGAAAGCCGGCACCGAUUUGGAAUGCAACGCAUUUCCUGGUUCGGAAGCCCUGCAACUUGCUUGGAACCAGUCCCUCAUUUCCGAAAAGGAGGUCGACAAAUCUCUCACGAGAAUGUAUACAGCGCUCGUAUCCGUUGGCCAAUUCGAUUCGGCUCGAGGGCAGCCGCUGCGCUCGCUGUCGUGGGACGACGUGAACACGAAGGAGGCGCAGAAGCUUGCAUACCAGGCAGUCAUCGAAGGCGCUGUGCUCUUGAAAAAUGACGGGAUACUACCCUUGUCAGCAGCUUGGCGUGAAAAGAAGUAUGCACUCAUCGGUCCCUGGAUAAAUGCAACGACGCAGAUGCAGGGUAACUACUUCGGUCCUGCACCGUACUUGAUCUCACUCUACCAGGCCGCAAAGGAAUUCGGGUUGGACUUCACCUACUCUUUGGGCUCCAGGAUCAACAGCACCGAUGAUUCGUUCAAACAAGCGCUCGACUCGGCUCACGCUGCUGCUCUGAUCGUUUUCGCAGGCGGCGUCGACAACACACUGGAAGCCGAGACUCGCGACCGCAAGACAUUAGCUUGGCCUGAGUCUCAGCUUGAUCUUCUUCGCGCCGUGUCCGCACUUGGGAAGCCUGUCAUCGUGCUUCAAUUCGGUGGAGGGCAGGUUGACGAUACCGAGCUCCUUGCCAACCACUCUAUCAAUGCGCUUCUGUGGGGUGGAUACCCUGGCCAGUCAGGAGGAAAGGCCGUCAUUGAUCUCCUAUUCGGUCGUGCCGCGCCUGCUGGUCGACUCUCGGUUACGCAAUACCCUGCGUCUUACAACGAAGACGUCCCAUCAACGGAUAUGAACCUCCGACCCGGUCCAGGAAACUCGGGGUUAGGGCGCACUUAUAUGUGGUACAACGGUGACGCAGUUGUGCCCUAUGGGUUUGGUUUGCACUACACGACAUUCGAUGCCAAGUUGAAAGCGAGGCAGGCGUCAGCUCUUAUCAAAACGGAGGAAGUCUCUUCCCUUUUGAGCAACGACUAUGUCUCGGGAACCUUGGUGUGGCAGCAGAUACUGACGAAACCUGUCGUCAGCGUCUUGAUUACAGUAUCAAAUACAGGAAACGUGGCCUCGGAUUACGUGGCAUUGUUGUUUUUGAGAUCCAACGCUGGCCCAACCCCUCAGCCGACAAAGACACUUGCAGGGUAUCACCGCUUCAGAAACAUACAACCCGGAGACAGGUCUGAAAGAGAGGUUUCAAUUACAAUUGAACGUCUGGUCAGAGUUGAUGAGCUGGGAAAUCGGGUGCUACACCCCGGAUCUUAUGAACUGUUUGUGGAUUUGGACGAAAAGUCAACACAUAAAUUCAAGGUCGGAGGCCCUUCGGUGAUAGUUGAAGAGUUUCCGCAGCCUAGGGAUCGGGAUUAA